AUGGAAAGGAAGAGACCAGGCCCAACAGAAGAAGGCCACACGACAGACUCGUGUAGGGACUUAAAAAAGGCAUUGCAAGAUAUGAUUAAUGAGGGAAAACUCCAAGAAUACAUUGCACAACCAACAUCCCCACCCACCGCGGGGGCACCCGUACAUCGUUUGGAGAUCCCUCGUGAGGCACGGUAUUUAGGCUGCAAUACCAUUUCACACUCGGCGAUAACCACCCCUGUACGAGAGGGAAAUAUUACCGGAAGAAUUCACAAACGAAACUUCAAAGGUGAUGAAGUUUUCAGUGUAACCAUAGAACCCCCAAUUGAAGAUUGGGUGAGGGUACCCAUCAGCUUUUCAGCCUCGGAAGCACCAGAAGGAGGACAAAACCAUAACGACCCACUAGUGGUCACGAUGUCCAUCGCACUCCCCGAACACGAGGGCGAGGAAGCGAAGACUAAAACACUACCCUGGGCAAUACCCAAAAUUUUGAUCGAUGGUGGUAGUUCUGUCGAAAUCUUAUUCUUUGAAACAUUCAAACAAAUGGGCUUCAAAGACGAGUGCCUCAUACCCUCGACUUACAACAUAUUUGGCUUCAACGGGUCAUCAACCCUUCCAAGAGGAGAAAUAACAUUAGAAAUACAGGUUGGAAGAAUCCUUACCUUAACCACUUUCUGUGUGGUAGAUGUCUUGUCACCCUACACAGCCAUUGUCGGACGACCCUGGUUCCAUGGAAUCAAAGGAGUGGCCUCAACUUACCAUCAAAGUCUAAGAUUUCCUACGCCUGAUGGAGUGGCAAUAAUUAUUGGAGACUUGGGCGAAGCAGAGUAUUGCUACAAGAUGGACGUCCAAAACGGCGAGAAUAAAGUAAAUUCUUCAAAGACACAAGCGAGGAGGGCUAAAAGUAUUGAUAACUCGAUUGAAGCCCAUGACUACAUUGCAAUAAGCGAUGCACCAAAACGCUUGUCUGACGCCUCAACCUCAUGCAAAGCAAUCAUAGAACCUCCCCAAUGA